GUAUAAAUCUGUCCUCCCGACCUCUCCUCUCCUUUGAUUGGUUGACACGGUUCCAUUCCGGGAAGAAGGUCGUGACGUGGGUUGGAGAGUCCUCUUGCAGCCAGACAGACAGAACGGGACCAGGCAGAUUAAAACCUUGUAGCCAGAAAGGUCGUGUGUUUCCCGAGAUGAAGAUCCUGUUCGCUCCGCUGAACAUCCCGCUGCGGAGGAGACUCCAGACAGCCGCGGUGCUGCAGUGGGUCUUCUCUUUCCUUGCGCUAGCCCAGUGUUGUCUAGCAGGGUAUGUGUUGCUGUGCGUCUCUGAUUGGUGGGUUCUGGCGGCGCUGUAUGCUGGUUGGCUGUAUCUGGACAGGGACACACCCACCAGCGGGGGUCGGAGGUCAGAGUGGCUUCGGAACUGGAGCAUCUGGAAACACUUCAGAGACUACUUCCCUGUAAAUCUCAUAAAGACGGUGGAUCUGGACCCUGGUUCUAACUACAUCUUUGGGUUCCACCCCCAUGGUGUUCUGGUGGCGGGGGGUUUUGGGAACUUCUGUACGGAGGCGUCAGGGUUCACCUCGCUGUUCCCCGGAAUGACCCCCUACCUCCUGAUGCUGCCAUUCUGGUUCAGAGUACCCUUCUUCAGAGACUACAUCAUGUGUGGAGGUCUGGUAUCCAGUGAGAAAGCCAGCCUGUCCUACCUGCUCUCAGCUCCUAGAGGAGGUAAUGUGGCGGUGGUGGCUAUAGGGGGCGCUCCAGAGGCUCUAGACGCCCGGCCAGGUGCUCUCACCCUUCAGGUUCUACACCGCAAGGGAUUCAUCAAACUGGCACUAAAACACGGGGCCCAGCUAGUACCUGUGUUCUCCUUUGGGGAGAAUGAGCUCUUCGACCAGAUGACCAACCCUGCCGGUUCGCCGCUCCGCUGGCUCCAGGACCACUUGCAAAGGCUCAUGGGAGUUGCGCUGCCAAUGUUCACCGGACGAGGAGUGUUCCAAUACAGCUUUGGUCUACUGCCCUACAGAGAGCCCAUACACACUGUUGUGGGUAGGCCUAUUCCAGUGGUCCAGACCCCCUCUCCCACUAAAGAUGAUAUAGACUGUCUCCAUUCUCUCUACCUGGAGGGCCUCACUACGGUGUUUGAAGACAACAAGGACAACUACGGCAUUGCACCAGACAAACACCUCCACUUCAUCUAGAUAUGUGCAUCCACACCGGUAAUCAGCAGGAAAAGAAGCUUUACAGACAAAUCCAAAGCUGUUGCAACACCUUCUAGGUCAGAGUUCUAGCUGAAGGUUAGGCUUCUGUAGGGUCCUGUGGCGUUAUGUAGGGUUCUGUGGAGUUGAUGUAGGGUCCUGUAGGGUUCUAGAGGGUCCUGUAGGGUUCUAGAGGGUCCUGUAGGGUUCUAGAGGGUCCUGUAGGGUUCUAGAGGGUCCUGUAGGAUUAGUUGGGGUUCUGUAGGAUUAGUUGGGGUUCUAGAGUGUUCUGUUGGGUUCUAUAGAGUUAUGUAGGGUUCUAGAGUGUCCUGUAGUGUUGUGUAGGGUUCUAGAGGGUCAUGUAAGAUUCUGUGGGGUCCUGUAAGGUUAGUUAGUACCAAGAUGGUGGGCAGUAAGACGUGUUUGUUUUUGUCCCAUGUAAAUAUUAUUAUUAUAUUUUUUGUUGUAUACAUUUCAUUAUAUUUCAAUCUCUUUUUUUUUCUCCAUUUUCUAAUUAAAUAAACUUCCUGCAACCCGC